AUGAUGAAAAAAGAGUUCCCUUCGCGAAGUCAUCAGCCUCUCGCCCACCAGCGACUAGCCAAGAACCCCGAUCUGGCACGUAAGCUGGUGCAGAUGGCCCUACCUCUAGCUACCUUCGUCGAGUUAGAUCACGGCACUGUACAUCCGGAAUUCCCAAUGACCGUGCUCAAUUUCUGGCUUCUGACGGACGAGCAACUAGAGUCUCUCGCUGAGUUCUACCACCAGAAGACGAUCAACAAGUAUACCAACCUAUACCCGUGUCGCAUUAUUUGGAGUCCCAAAAUGUCGCUUGAGGAGAAGCGCCGCACGAUGGGCAAGUUUAUUGGCCUCCAGAGUUGCGAUACAAUUAUCCCGGUUAAGACGGAAGAGGAAAUUAUGGCUGGUGCCCGGAGAGCGAGGCUGAUUAAGGAUGUAUAUUAG